GCGCUCGAGGACCGGCGGCUGCUGCGGUCGCGCUACCUCGCCGUCAAGAGCCAGAUCAAUGAUGACAAGGACGAAAUGGCGCGCGCGGAUUCGGCCAAGUUCAGCGCCAUCUUCACGCAGGUCGAGACCCUGCACAAGCUCGUUCAGAAGCCCAGGGAGCAGAUAGCCGACGCGGAGGCAUUGCUGGACAUCGCGACCAGUCUGGGGGCAUCAGUAAGGUCGCAGUCAGCGCUAGGGAUCACACCCUCUGAUCUCGUUGCUGGACUGCUCAAGAAGUUUGGGACGCGGGCAGAUGCCAAUGGCGAGGGUGCCUCGCUGAGAUGGGGCCGUGUUGGGCUUGCUGCAUCCCACGUUUUCAUGGCUGUGCCUGGAUGCUCCACCAUGGUUGGUCCCAUGAAGGCAGAAGUGAAGGCGCGGAGGAAACAUAUCACUAGAAAGAGGACCCCAAGGCCCCGUAGAAAUGAUCGCCCUGAGCAGCUUGUUGAUCCAUCAGAGACAGCAAAAAGUGACACAGACAGGAACAUGGCUGUUCUAUUUGAUGUUCUGAGGAAGUAUAAAAGAGCAAGACUUGAAAACCUUAUUUUAAAUAGGACCUCCUUUGCCCAAACGGUGGAGAAUAUAUUUGCUUUGUCAUUCCUAGUUAAAGAUGGCAGAGUGGAAAUCACUGUGAAUGCUGAUGGGCAUCAUAUUGUCUGUCCAAGGAAUGCACCUGCUGCUAGUUCGAUUGCCAAAGGAAAAGUGGUAUACAAUCACUUCGUCUUCAGAUUUGAUUUCCAGGAUUGGAAGCUUAUGAAAGGGAUAGUCGCAGAGGGGGAAGAACUGAUGCAGCACAGGCCGUCUUCUCUCAGCACGUCUGGAGGAAACAACCAUCAGGAGACGCCUGCACGCAGCACACCUCGGGGGAAUCAGUCUCCUGUGUCCCCUGCAAACAGCAUGUCCGGUGCAAGCAACGAGCCUGAGAUGCCAACGCACACAACGCCGAUCAGGAAGCUCUGCAGGAACCGGGGCUUGGUCAUGCAAGCACAGCAGGAUGAGAUGGCAUCCCCGGGAACAUUGGAAGUCAUGGUCAUGGAAGAUACGCAUAUGAGUCCCCAAGACAAGUCGAGUGUUACGGGCAGACUGGACGUCAUGGUGAUUAAGGAGGAGAUGGUCAAGGAUAGGAAAGAAGUUUUCCACACCUACAAGCGCAGGCGCCCCCUCGCCCAGGACCUCGUUCAGGAGUUUAACCGAGUGGGCUGA